AUCAAUUAGUGUAAUGAGCCGGGAGAAAGCCACACCAGCUCGUCAUGACAGGCAGCCCACCGGCCAGAGGAGGAAACAGGACGCAGCUGCCGCGUCGCAGUUCACGGUCAAACCCACAACUGAGGCUGCCUGUUGUGCUUGACGCGCUGGGAAGGAGCAUGGCUGCCAUCAAGGCGCUGGAGCAGUGGUGCAAAAUCCAGUGUGAGGGCUACCGAGACGUUGCCAUCACCAACAUGACCACCUCGUUCAGGAGCGGACUGGCUUUCUGCGCGCUUAUCCAUAAAUACAGACCCGACCUGAUAGACUAUGACUCACUCAGUAAAGAGGAUGUGUUUAAGAACAACAGCAUGGCGUUCCAGAUUGCAGAGGAGAAGUUGGGGAUCCCGGCUUUACUCGAUGCUGAAGACAUGGUGGCUUUGAGGAUCCCAGACAGACUGAGCAUCCUCACCUACGUCUCCCAGUACUACAACUACUUCAACGGCCGCGCUCCCAUGGGAGGAGUAAAAAGGCCAGCAGAGGGCUCCAAGGAGGAGCCAUCAGAGAAGAAGAAUCUCCCAGUGGUUGCCAAAACCUUUGUGUCUAAAACAGCCAUUGAGAAUCGUUUACCACCCACUCUCGUAGCUCAGACUUCACCCAAGUUGGCCAGAACCGCCACUCAGAAGACGGUUCUGGUUGAAAGCUCCAAUAAAAGUGGCACUCUCAACAGUAAAUGUGUUGCAUGCAAGAGCCAAGUUCAUCUGGUUCAGAGGCACUUUGUGGAUGGGAAGCUCUAUCACAGAAGCUGCUUCAAAUGCAGUGUGUGCUCCAGUGUGCUCCAUACUGGAACCUAUAAAGCUGGGAAAGAGCCAGGCACUUUCAUCUGCAACAGCCAGAAUGGUUGCAAAUCUUCCUCCUCUGAGGCUUUGAUCAAAAAAGGACCUGCCAGUUUGGUUGCGCGACCAAAUAGUGCCAGUCAACCUCAACCCACCCCAAGUGCUUCCUCGGUGCCGCCAACCCCGCUGAAUAUCGUUCUGAAGCCGGUCAGUCCCGCUGCAGCUUCCCAUUCCUGGACGGCCUCUGCCCAGAAGACGCAGGCAGCCCGCCAGAGGUUUUUCCAGGCUGCUCCGCCCGUUGCCGAGGCCCCAGCCGGCAACAGGAAGCCCCUUGAACCCCCGAAUGUCCCUGGGAGGCCAAAGGUCGCUCUUAGCCCUGAUGAGAAGAGCAGCGCCAAGGCGACGAUUGGCAAGAAACUAGCAGAGGAAAACUGCAACAAUAACAACAAGCGCCUGUUUGUGAUCCGAUCAGCAGAGAAGAGGUUUGGAGAUGAGCCAAAUUCAGCUGACAGCCCCAGUUUGAAACAGGAUAAAUGCAGCCAAGGCUCAGCAGGAAGCCAGACAGGACAGUCCUCCACCAGCCAGACCAACAAUAAGAAAUCGCCAUGUGUGAAGCCCGUCAACAAAGACAGCACAAGGCCAACAACUGUAUACACAAAUGCCAAAGAUCCGGGCCAUCGUGACUCGCAGACAAAACUCAAACCUGUCCAAACUGCACCGGGACUACGAAAUCUUGAAGCUGAAGCUGGACCAGCCACUAGUGAGCCUGGAUUCAUCUCCACACCUUCGUCUAACAUGUCCUUCAGUGCAACAAAGUCUCUCUCAGCUGCAACACCUGAAGCGUCUCCAGUCAGCUUUCCUCUGUUUGAUCCUACACAGCUCAGGGAAGUCCCUCCUUACAAACCUCAACCUGGAUCUGGAAACCAGGGUUUGAAGCCUGGGAGUCGCUCAUCCAUAAAAUCCCCACCCAGAUGGCCAGCUGUUGAAUCUGCUGGCUCCUCGACAGCUGUUCCAGCCAACUACGGGAAUCCGCUGAAUAGCUGUCCCUCAGGUGCUAAAAAGGGAAAGUAUUUGUCACCCACCAACGCCUCCAGGACUGAAAUGAGGUCACCCUCUAUUAUGUCUCAUCACAUCCCGGUGGAUCAGAUUGAGAAGGAACUGAGUGAUAUUGAGAGAAACCUGAGCGACUUGGAGAGGGAGGGUGUGGAGCUGGAAGAGAAGCUUCGCCGCUGUGAGGAAGAGGGAGAAGGGGACAUUUUGAUGGAUCCCCUGAUGGUCGACUGGUUCAACCUCAUCCGAAAGAAGCAGAUGUACGUCAGGAAGGAAUCAGAGCUUGUAUAUAUAGCCAGGACUCAAGACCUGGAGGAGCAGCAGCCAGGUGUGGAGGGGGAACUCCGGCGGCUGCUGGAGAAGCCAGAUCAUUUAAAGUCUAAAGAGGAGCAACAGCGGGAGAAGAGGCUGAUGGCAAGACUGGUGGAGAUCGUCGAUGGCAGAAAUGCCAUCGUGGAGGUUUUGGAUGAAGACAGGCUGAGGGAGGUGGAGGAGGAUCAGCAGUUGAAUCAAAUGAUGCAGAAUCUUGGAGUAAAGAGAGCCAAAAACAAGAGGAAAUCCUCCAUCUCAAAGCUGUUCAGGCGGAGAAGUAAAAGACUGGUGGAAUGAUCCUCGGGGGGAAUCUGACUGAACUGCCGUGCCCUGCUACAGGACCUGAAAAUCACGUUCUUACAAUGUAUCAUAUUUUAUUUCACUUUCAGUGGGUUUUAUAUGAAAGAACAGUAGUACAUAAUGUGCUAAUGAGAAAAGUCUUUUAUGGCAAUGAGAGAUAUGACUGAUUGGGGAGCAUAAAGGAUCAAAUCGUGUGUUUCACCUGAAAUCUUUGUGGUUUACUGUUUCAGAAUUUUUCCAAACUCAAGUGUUAUGGUUUAAGAGUCACCUGCAGUUCUUAGUUUAGUGCUAUUAAAUGAAAUGAGAAUUGGCUACCUGGGCAGUUAUGAUUCAAUCCUGUCUUAUUUUUGUUUGUUUGUUCUUGUUUUUUUGGGUUGGUGGGUUCACAUCAUGUUUCCAAACAGGAUGUUUAUAAUUAUGUGUAAAUGCGAGUGCUUCGCCUGUGUUUGUUAGACAUUAGUGGGUUAAUGCCACAAGAAAAAUUGCCGCCACUGAUAGAUAUUUUUAUUAUGGGCUAUAUAUUUCAGUGCUUGUGGGGCAAAUAUUUAGAAUCGUCUUCAUUUUAACGGUGUGUGUAAUUAAUUGUUAGAGCAAAUCGAUGUCCACUGGGUCCAAAAACAGGAUGUGGAGCCAAAACCACACUGUUAUAAAAUAUACAGGAGAAACACUAACCACCACACAGCCUUGGUCCAAAAUUAAUUAAUCCAAUAUUUAAUAAUGGAUUUUAACAAAUUUACUUGAGGGAUAUUAAUAGGGAGGGGGAAAAAAAACCUUGACAAUUAAGUUUUGAAUGGCUCUGGAGUGUAAAAUGGAGACCAAAGCCACACAUGUUGAGCUCCCCUGUUGUCGCCUGCAGUUCCUCUCUCACACUGUACUGUAGGUGGCAGCCUGGGUAUGCAGUAUCAGAAGGCAAGAACUUGAAAAUCCAAUUUGCCACAGUACAGACAGUUAAUUUCUUUGCUAAUUUUAUAAAUGCUGCAAAAUGUUCAGCUGUGCUGAUGCAAUAAUGUUAUGUGAAAGAGGAUUAGGUAGAGCAGUAGCUUAUGGCCAGGGAAGGCUUAUAAACUAUAGGUUGUAUUGAGCUCUUUAUCUUCAAACCUGGUUUAAUUAAACAUUACUCGUUACUAAUAUCUGCUAAAGAAUUGCUCCAUACCUGGGCUACUACAAUGUUCACAUUUCUAGCGUUGUUGACAUGCAGAGUCACUCAUCUGUGAAAGUGGUAUUCCCACUAUUUGUGAGGAAUGGACUGAAAAUGUUGCAUUUUUAGAAGUGAUAAUAAAUGGUGUGUACUUAUGUAUCUAUUUAUAGUAUUUUUAAACCUAAACUUUGUUGUCCAAUAAAUCUUUUGAAGAUUA